AUGCCGACUCCCGGUCUUCUCUAUGUGACAAUGCAGCCCAAGGGCUCAUUGCCAGAUACCCAGUUCCAUGACUGGUACAACACUGAACAUGGACCUCUGCGUCUACGACUGCCCUUUGUCACGAAUGGCUUUCGCUUCCGUGCCACCGAUGGAGAACAACCUGAAUAUGUGGCUUUGUACGAUAUUACCGACAUGGACGAGUUGACUCGAGAGACCUACUUGGAUCUAAGAACCGACUUGAUUAAGACCGAGCGGGAGAAGAAGACUAUGGCACAAAUCGAUGUCGGCCGUUUAUUGUACGAUCUAGUGGAUGAGCGCAGUGACCCCAACUUCCGCCCGCUAGAAGAUCAAGCCGAUACAGAUGCCGAGACACGGGGUAGCGUCCUCGUCGCCAUCCGAGUGACCACUCACCCCGACCCCACCAAACAAGCUGACCUGGAAAAAUGGUACCGUGAGGAACAUUUUGAAAUGCUCUCCCGUGUGCCUGGAUGGCGCCGGAGUCGCCGCUUUGUCACUGCCGCGAUCGAUUCCGCCCCACGCGAAUCGCUGACUCUUCAUGAGUAUGCUCCCGUCAAUGGUCUUGGGGGCGAGGCUCACAAAGCCGCCAUGAAUACCCCAUGGGGAUCGCGUCUCAUGAGCGAGGUGGUCACCUCUAAGAAGCGUCGCGUAUAUGAGUGGUAUUACACCUUUGGCCCUGCUCCCCGUGAGCUCACUUCGCUAGCUGCCUCGGAUGUCAUUGGACCUUGGAACUCCAAUGAUGGCCGCACGCGCACAUUUCCCUCGGCCGUCCGCCCGGCUGUCGAGUCCUUCGUCACUACGUCUGAUGGGGUUGAAAUCCCCUACCGACUGGAGGGCAGCACUGACCCCUACGCGCCUGUGGUCGUGCUGAGUAACUCCAUCCUGGUCAACUGGAAUAUCUGGGAUCGUUUCGUUGACGCCUUCUUUGCUCAUCAACAGAACCAGCGUUACCGUGUCGUGCGUUAUUUGACCAGAGGUCGACGCUCGCAGAGUGGUGAGCAGCCUGUCAACAUCGAUUUGCUGGCCUCUGAUCUGGCUACAUUGCUGGAGGCUUUGCGUGUGCCCCCCAAGGCCGCUCGUUUGAUCGGUGUCAGCUUGGGUGGCGUGACCGUUUUAAACACUUCUCUCCUCCACCCGGAGCGCAUUGGAGCUUUCAUCGCGUGCGACACCAACUCUUCUGCCCCCGAAUCCAACCGUAAGGCAUGGGGGGACCGUGUCGCCAUCUGCGAGAAGGAAGGCUCUAUCGACCCAGAGACCAAGGAGCCCAUUGUUGGCGAAGAGUUGGCCGAGGUCACUACCCGUCGCUGGUUCGUGCCGGAAUCAUACCAGGCCCAGCCUGAAGUCCUUGCCGCGGUCAAGGAAGCUGUGCGCACUAACAGCUUGAAGGGAUUUGCGCAUAGCGUACAGGCCCUCUGUGCCUACGAUAUCCGUGAGCGCAUGGCUACUGCCACCGUGCCAGGUCUGUUCGUCGCUGGAGCCAAUGACGGUGUCUUGCCCCAGACCAUGCAGAAGAUGGCGGCGGAUCUACGUGGUGGCGCCGAUCUUAAGAUAAUCGACCGUGCUGGACAUCUGCCCAUGGUGGAGCAGCCUGUGGCAUUCGCGGAAGUUGUGACUGAAUUCCUCGGCAAAAUUGAUGGUUGA